AUGUUUCCCUCCGAUCCAUCCACAAACCCCGUCCAGCCCAUGGCGCCGCGAGCGCCUAUGCCUAUCCACCACCAUCACCCGGCCAAUGCCAACGCCAACGCCAACGCCAACGCCACUGCUACCACUAACUCUUCUGACGCUAUACUCCCAGGCGCUCAAUCGGUUCAGGUCAUCACCCUCCAGAUCCCCAAUCCCGAAUGGGCCCAAGGCUACAGCACCAAUGAGGGCCAUCGCAUCACCAACAGCUCGCUCGGCUACAACUUUCUGACCAACUUCGACAUCCGCACCCUCUCCACCACCGGCGCCCAAAGUGGCAACGAUGUCACAGGCCUCCUCUACGUACCCAACCUCGAUUCCGACGACCCAUGUCUCAACGCGAGUGCGCCAUACAUCCCACAGAAUGCCACCAGACGAUCCAAUCUACCCGCCACAGACUACGAUCUCAUCGCACUUGCGCCAUGGCUAAAUUCGACUUGUUCUCUGAGCUUCAUGACAUCGGCACGGCAAUAUCCUACCCGCGGCUUCUUGUUCUACAUACCGGAUAGCGGCACCAAUGCGCCUCCCGAACCUGGCGACCCCAUGUGGGACACCGGCGAUGGUGGCAAGUGGAAACAAGAGAAUGGCUGGCCGGUCUACGCUCUGCCCGGACAAGACGGUGCAUGGCUCAUGGGGAAUAGUUCGCUGUACAGUGGCAACAUGACAGACGUGCCUCACGGCCAUGCUUUGACGGAGAUAUUCGGCGACUCGCGAGACUACGUCAGGCUUUUUGUCGACAUUGAUACAGGUGAGUCCUCUUGCUUUCUUUCCAUAUUUGCAAUCGGCUAAUGUCCACAGGUUCGGGUAGCUCAAGCCUGCCCUCGCUGUGGGUAUUCCUGCUUGUCGUUCUUGGCAUUCUCCUGGCUAUCAUCGGUCUCACCUCGCUUUCAAUGCACUGGCUGCAACGUCGCCGUCGACAAGCGCUGCGGAGGCGGGUCGCGAGCGGCGAAGUCGAUCUGGAAGCGCUUGGCAUAAAACGUCUAACCGUGCCGCAAGAACUGCUGGAUUGCAUGCCACUUUACACAUACGGAACCGGUCAGCCUGUCUCGAAAGCCGCCACGGACGCAACGAAGAGCGAGGUACCGACGAUCGAUGAGAAGCUGGAGGAGGACGCUGCAAAACCUGACGCCACUCCAUGUCGGCCUACCCCAACUCUUCUGAGGUCACAUAGCUACCAUCCAACGCCCUUAUCACAGCCCACUUGCGCCAUCUGCCUGGAUGACUUCGUACCUGCGACUGCCGAAGGCGAGGGUACAACCGUGAGAGAGCUUCCUUGCCACCAUAUCUUCCACCCCGAGUGUGUGGAUGUAUUUUUGCGAGACAGCAGCAGUCUGUGUCCCAUGUGUAAGAAGGCUGCUCUCCCCAAGGGAUACUGCCCCAAGGUCAUCACCAACGCCAUGGUUCGACGUGAGCGCAUGGUCAGACAGAUACGAGAGCGUGUCGCCGUGGAUCCUGACACUGCGGAAGUUUCGGACCUUGGCGGCCGAAACAGACCGAUGAGUCUGGGUGGGAGGUUUCGAAUGCGAACCAUGUCUGGAUUCUCCCAACUCCGUUCUUCGAGAAGAAUCAGCAGCGCGCCGUUGCGGAGCAGUCAGCAGAUGUCACAGCUAGGACCUGACUCAGCGCCGGCUGGCUCGACGGUGACUCCAUUAGGGCGAUCGAAUUCGACUGCUUCAUCGAGUAUACAGGCCGCUCGAACACAGCCUGCUGUUCAACCUCCCUCGACUCCGGGACGAAGAGAGUGGGCGCGACAGCGAGCAGUUGACAUGCUCGGGGAUCGGGCUCCGGUCGAACCUCCUGAAGAGGACGAAAUGCGACGCUCUCCAGCCUGGCGGAAGGCUGUACGCGGUCUUUUUCCCGGCUUCAGGCGGUAA